CCUGGAGGCGGAGCGGGGCCGGGCCCGCGUCACGUGAGGCGUGUGUUGACUUCCUCGAAAGGCGCGGGGCAGGGACGGCGCCCCGGGAGUUCCCCGCGGUGGUGGAGGCCGAUAUCGCGGCCGGGCGGGCGAGGUGGCGGCGAUGGGAGCCCGAGGGGGCCCGAGCGGAGACCGUGACGGCCGGCGCUGCCUCUCCGUCGAGGUGACCUCUCGUUAGUGCCCCGCCUGGCCCGAGGAAGGCCCGCAGAGCUGUCAUGGAGGAGUUGGUAGAGGAUGACAUCUGUAUUUUGAACCAUGAAAAAGCAGACAACGGUCAUAAGAGAGACGGGGAGAUUCCUGUUUCAUCUUACAGUGGAGAUGAAUCUGUUGCCUCACACUUCGCACUUGUCACUGCAUAUGAAGAUAUCAAGAAACGACUAAAGGAGACAGAGAAGGAGAACUCCUUCUUAAAAAAAAGAGUGAGAAUUCUAGAAGAGAAGCUGCUGGGCUCUCGACUGGAAGAGGAAUGCAGUUCAGUUGGACGUGAACAAGUAAAUAAGGCAUACCAAGCCUAUCGAGAGGCCUGCAUUGACCGAGAUAAUCUGAAAAACAAACUGGAUAAAAUUAUGAAAGAAAGUGCAGAAUCUUUGAAAACCUUGAAUGAACAGUUGCAGUCCCAAGAAGUAGAGCUGUUACAACUAAGAACUGAAGUGGAAACUCAACAAGUGAUGAAAAAUCUGAAUUGUACUCAGUCCACCUGGGAAAUGCAGAAGCUGAGCAGUGACCUGAAAGUGCAUAGUCUGGAACAGGAUCUGGAAAAGCUCAAGCAAGAGUGUAACAGUCUCAGAAAGGAGUUGCAAAAAUCCAAGCAGAAGGACCAGGCUGAAGAAGAAAACCCAUUGAAUGGAGACCUCCUUCAAAAGCAAGACGUCCAGAGUGUGCAGCAAGCAUAUUGGGAACUGAAGAGAGAAAUGUCUAACUUGCAUCUAGUGACUGACUUGCAAGCUGGGAUUCUGCAAAAACUGAAAACAAACCCAACAGCGACCAAGAAAGCUGCCUCUACUGCACCCGUACAAUGUGUUGACUUGAACAUUUCAAAGCUGAAUUUGACAUCUGGGGUAGUCUAUAAAAAACUCUCACAAAAUGAUAAAGUACUGUGCAAUGCUGUGUCUCCCCCUCCACCAAGAGAUGUAAAAACCCCAUCUGAAAGGAUGACUCUGCAAGCAUGGACAGAUGAGAGACCCAUUCCAGUUGACGGCAAACCAUUUCAGGAACACCAUUCUUACGGAAAGAGCUUUCUGGAAGAUAAUUCCUGGGUAUUCCCAAGUCCUCCAAAGCCUAACGAGAAUGUGUUUUGGGAAAUUAAAAAUAAAACAGCUUUGUUAAACUGUCCAGCAGAUUACCUGGAUCAGUGUAAUCAAAACUGUCUGCACAAGAGUUAAAACAAUUCUUGGAAUGAACCGAGGCAUCUUUAGAAUGGCUCUGAACAGGCACCUUAACGAUUGAACUGUUAAAGAGGGGGGAAACAAACUGCCUGAAAUGUUCGUUCUUUAUUUUUAAUUCUAGUUCUGAAACAGAAAGCCUAGUCUUCCUCUGCUGUAAAUCAGGAGUGAGCUCCUUGAAGUUAAAGCUGCGCUGGUAUAAUGUAAAUAUAAAGAAAUACAGCAUGGGGCCCAGAUAGUCUUGUACUGCAGAUGGCAUAGAUUUGCAAAAGACUGCUCUGAAAAGUGAGUUCUUGGAAUUACACAGAAUAAUAGAGUUCUUUAUUUGUUCGUUAUUUGUAAGUUAUCAAAAAAAUACUUGGUAUCCUGUGUUAAAACUUGUACCAGCUCUGAGCUUAUUUUUUUGACAGUGGUUUCUUUCAGAGUAAGACAUAAAAUGAAGAACUGGAUUAUUUCUCCCUUCCUCCUUUCAAUUAACCUUCUGAUUCCUCUGGUUUAGAAAUGCAUUUUUAUGUGAUUUUUAACAAAGAAAGGUGAGAUAUUGGGGUUUUUUUGUCAAAAUCUGGAUUUAUAUUAGAUAGCAGCAAGAAUCACUGUUUAGAUUGUGGCAUUUUGGGCUUCAUUGUGAAUUGUAAAGGAUCGUAAGUAAUGCUGCUGAACGCUGUGAGCCCUGGGUGAUCAGCCUGUUUCCCCUCAGAUCAUGCUGUAGGAAACAGACUUAAUUGUGUGCACAGUGGUGCCCGCCGCAGUCUCCCUGUUCAUCGUGCAGUUAGCCUUCCUUAUUGUGCCUCCUCUGCACAGCACCAAAACCCUGACUUUUUAUUUGUGUGGUGGUGAAGGCUACUAACUUAUCUUGUAUUAAAAGAAACAAAGCCUUAAUUUAAUCAAACUAGGUGUUGGAGUGUUGCUGAUACACAUAAGAAGGAUUUUCGUGGUGUCUUUAGUAUGCCACUGAGAACUAGAGUUAUUUGAAUUACAACUACCUGCUUUAUAGAUUAAGGGUGUCUGCUUUUUUUUUUCUUCUCAAGAACUGGUUUUAGAUAAAUACAUUUAUGCUUUUUUUUUUUUUAACUGCUCUGCUUCAUAUCAGGCUUAAUACAACCGGGUUAAGUGAAAUGCCUUGACUGCUCAAUACGUUGGAGAAAAAUGCUUUGUAUUUUAGAUCCAUGAUUCCUAACUUGUAAUGGAUGGGAACAUACAUAAUACUAAAGUUAUUUACAGGUGGGUUGGUGAAGUAUUCAACUUCACAGGUGCACCUUAAGAUCUGUGUAAUAAAAGUUAAUUUGUUACUAAACAGCUUUGACAUUAUCUUGAAAUUGCUUGCAAAGAGGGGGGGAAGCUGUGGCUGUAGCACAGCCACAGUAAUGAUGGGCUGUAAAAGUGUUACCAAGGUGCUACAUGACCUGUGUGGUCCCAGAAACCUCCUUCCCUGUGGAGUCAGUAUUUCCUCUGAUGGCCAUCUUCUUCUCCUCUCUGUUUGUCUUAUCAACGUCGAAAAAAUGCCUUCCAGAUACCUUCUACUGUAUUAGUGAACAGCAUCCAUAAAUAAUGUUUCCCAUUCACUAGAUAUUGUUUUUAUCUUUCUAUUAUCUUGCUCACGUAUACUGGCUUGUCUGUGAUUAAUGGAAAUGGUAUCAGAUGCUGGAAUUUAUUCUGACCAAUGAACACAGCUGACUCAGGGGAGUACAAUCUCUUGGAAGGUAAUAGAACAAAACCCAAUAUGCAUAAAACAAAUCCAGCUCACUAGGCUUUAGCUGACAGAACCAACUACCUGUGUAAUAACGAAGCAGCAGAAAACAUUUCUCAUCUGGCUGCAUAAACUAUAUCGUGUCUACUUCUAAUGUAGCUUGCUUUUUGGGGCUCCCCACCUCAACAUUACAGAAGGUUUUUAUUAAGUAAUGUAUUAUCCAACAGACAUCAACACGAUUAAUACUUCGAUUUGUGCAAUGAAGGAAUUCUACUGUGUAAGAUUUUAAAUAAAUUUAUUUUUGUUUGAAAUGGG